AUGAUUGAAGUGCAAUCCAACAAACUUCGACUGCUAUCGCGGCGGGUGAAGGAAUCGGCAAUGAGAUUCAAAAAUCAGAGACGGCGAGGGGAUGACUUGAAUAGUAAGAAUGAACUGGAUAACAGCCAUCGAACAAACAUUAGCAAGGAUGUUCUUGGCUGCAGCCAUAGAACAUACAAUAGUUAUCAUACUGCAAACAACUUGGAUGAAAGCAGCAGCACCGCUUCCAAGCUGACGAAUGCAACGACAGAGGAAUUCCUCAGUGAGCGUAUCGGUAGGUCGUACGAGAGUAGUGAAGGUACCGCCAGCACGCCAAUUCGAAUAGAAGAAGAUGAAGUUUCAGGAGGUGAAGAUAAAGACGAUGAGGCAGAACCAGAUGAAAUAGUCCAGUUCCAAGAGGCGUUAGUUGAUCCUUCGUGCUCUCAUUCAGAACAACGACAUGUCCAUUUCUCCACGGUGGAAGUAAGAGAGUAUCCUAUAUGUAUGGGGGAUAACCCGGGAUCGUCUCGUGGGAUACCACUUACGAUUGGGUGGGAGAUCCAAGACCAGGAAAUUUGCAAUGUGGAGGUUUAUCAGAAUCGACCAAGAAGAUUCCAGUUGCAUCAGCUGAAAAUAACCUCAUUGGACCGAGUACUUAUGCUGAAGCGUGCGGGGUACAGUGGACGUGAAAUUGGAGAAGGAACCCUACUAGUGGAUAAGUUCCGGGCACAACGGCAUUGGACAAGAAUCACUUUGCGGUUUUCAGGCUUUCAAGAGUUUUGGGAAAGGCGGUGGCGAUCGAUAAGAAAUGGCACGGUUUACAAGUCGAGGAAGAGACGAGAGCGAGAUUUGUUGCGUCCGUACAAAACAAAAUCGAACAUUGAGAUCCCAGUUGUACCAGCUUCGAACGCCCCCAUUGGACCGAAUUUUGAAGGUGAAGUGUACAGGGUACAUUGGACGUGA